AUGGCAAUAAUGUAUGGAGGAUUGGCAAGAAGUGGUAAAGUCAAAUAUCAAACACCACGUGUAGAAAAGACCAGCGAUUCAUCCUAUCACGGAGGUUGCGCCAAAUACAAAAUCAAAUCAUCAAAUAAUUUAUCAUAUUCGGGAGGUGCUCAUCGGUUGGAGAAGAAUUUUACUGAAGAGUUGAAAGUCUAUGAUCAAUACAAGGAAAAUCAUCAACGAUGUGAUUGGGUGGAGGAGAGAGCGAAUAUAAAGAGAUCAGAACCUGUUCUUUUGAAUUCCUUUCACAAGUUUAAUACUGAGAAGGGUUUUAACAAGAUGGAAUGGAAUUCAAUGAAAAAGGAGGAGAAUAUCUUGAAGAAUAGAUACAAUUAUAAUCCAAAUGCAAAGAAUCAUAAAAAGUGGCAUAGAAAUCAUCCUAAAGAUG